CAAAGGUUUUUCCAUAUUCAUUGUGGGCUUUUCUUUCUUCGUUAUGGUUUGUUUUGCAGAUGAUAGUAUGGACGUCGAAAUUGAAGAGGUAGAGCACGUGUCUGAUGAAGAAGGAAGCGAUGACGAGACAGAUCAUCACGCUGGCGAACACACCGACGACAUCCAUCCAGACAUGCAACAAUUCGAGAUCACGCCUCAACAAUAUCAGCAGUUUAGGCGCAAGUCAAUUAUACCCGUGGACGAAACCGUGUUUAAUGAACUUUCCCGUCACGUUAGCUUAGACGAAGUUUUGAACCAAGCACCGACGGCCCCUUCAACGCCAGGUGUUUCGGCAGCCAACCCAAACUAGGUGUUGAUGGUUCAAUCCUAAAGAAAAUAUCCAAUUUCUCAUAGUUGUUAGAAACGAAGAAAAAAAUUAAAAGGCAUUUAUACUCCCGUAUGUUGUUAUUUUGAGGCUUUUU